UUUGCCCGAUUUUUGGCAAGUCAUCCUCAUGCCACUUGUAAAUAACAAAGUAGCAGACGACCGCUCACCUGGAACCAACAAGGCUUUGGUUGAAGGCAAAGCUCUGGUGGAUUCUUUGAUUAAGGUGGUGGCGUGCUAUCGACAUCUGGCGUCAUGUGUCGGCGGCUGCACUGACGGCUUGCAGCUGAGAGAUGAGUUGAGGCAAACGAGAGAGAGGGCCCGGAAUUUGGCCGCGACCACCUGUGAACGCCUCACCUCGCAUCUUCGGGACAAAAAGCUCCCCGUGGAGGAGCGAAAGGAGAUGGAGCUCCUCUGGGUGGCCUUCUCAUCCAGCCUGGAACUCCUCCACAUCGACAUGUGCAAAGUUUACAACAUGGGCGGCAUCUUUACUCUCGCCGAGUGUCCUAGUUUAGUGCAAACUGGCCUCCAAGGUGGAAACAGUGAAGUGGCAGCUCGAGCCCUCAGUCUACCGGACCUGAACGGUCCUCUGAACUCCGACCUCAUCGAUGGCCUCGAGAACCGCGAGCACAAGACCAUGGAGCAGGAGAUCAGCCAAAUUGACCGCAUGAUCGAUGACAUGGAGACAAAGGUGAACGUGUUGCGCUGGAUGGUGGAGCCCCGCGGGCCUCUGGACGGUGACCCGCUCGGCAGCGCCGACACCGCCUCGCUGGGCCUGCUCUCCGUGGACGAGGAGCGUCUCGCCGGACGGCGGCCUGGGGGCGAGCGCAAUCACGUUGUGGCGCUUUUAUUGAUGUGUGCGGUCAUUUUGGUGGCAAGCACUUUGUCUGUCUGUAUCUUCUUCUUCUCAUGAGCUUGA